AUGGAGGACCUCCCGCCUGUGAGGGUUCAGGUCACCGACGGCGACAAGGGCCUCGUGUGGACCGCGGACGAGUACUACCGUCUUCGCACGGUGCAUCGCCUGAUCGGCGCCAUGGUGGGAGGCCUGCCGGGGUUUCGCCAGCAGGACCAGGUCCACGGCCUACCCCUGCAGCUCUCCCCGGAGGAGGUCACGCUCGCGGUGAGCAGGGGAUGGGUCACCCUCUACGAGGCCCCCGACCCGCUGGCGGACGUGACCGCGGACGAGGGAGGCGCGCCACCGGCGAGGGAGGCGCAGAGACCCCCGCAGGCUAACCGAAAGGGCUGGGGCGUCAAGCCAAAGCCGGGGCAGGGCGCGAAGAAGGCGCGGGGCGGCGCGGGGGGCGACGACGACGUCGAGAGGAUGCUCGCCAACGCCUCGUUCGUCACCGUGCCCCUGUGCGAGCCCGACGAAGGGGACGGCCGACGAAAAGAGGGCGACGGGACGACGACGCAGUGGACGUAUCCGCGGACGGCGACGCAGCGCGCGAGGUGCGCGGUGUUCGCGGAUCUGCACGCGCGGGGGUUGACGAUGACGACGGGGAUAAAGUUUGGCUCCGAUUUUCUGGCCUACCCGGGCGACCCGAUGGCGUACCACGCGGGUUUUUGCGUGCGCGUGGUGCCCGACGACGCGCACAUGCGGUGCCAGCACCUGUCGGGAUGGGCGAGGACGAGCCACGGCGCGAGGAAGAACCUGGUGCUGGCGUCGGCGGUGGCGGAACCCGGCGACACAGCUGGCGACGGGGACGAUCGACGAAUGCGUGUCGAGUACCUCACGGUGAUGCCCGACGUCGAGCAGAGCUCGAACGCUCGGUACCGAAAGGUUUGAAUACGAGUUACACCGAGUCUUACGCCACGCCACACCGGCAGUUACCGCUCACUGGAGAGCCGCCUGUCCCUCGGGCGUCUGGACCGACAUGAGCUCUAUGUUGGCAAUGUGCGCCUCCCCCCUCUCGAUGGACCCUUUCGCCUCCGCGAACCGCGCCUUGGCCUCCGUGUUCCUCGUUUGGCGCUCGAGCGCCUCGGCCUUGACCGCGGCGAUCUGGGCGUCGAUGUCGGCGACGCUGCUCCUGCCAGACGGCGCGUCAGCGAGGGGCGCGCUGGAUCCCGCGUGCCUCUCCUCCGCGUCGCGCUCGAGAUCCAGCUUCGUUUGUUCCAGCCCGACGACUCGCUCGAGGUCGUCCAGCCGUGCCAGGCAGUCUCGUGUCAUGCCCUCGAGGUUCAUGAUCCGCUCAACCGCCGCGAGGGCCUCGGCGGACGUGCCCCCCGCGCGCUCUCCAUCAUUCACCGCCUCCAUGCCGCCCG